GAGAGAAAGAGAGCGAGAGAGAAAGAGAGAGGUAGAAAGAGAGAGAGAAAGAAAAAAAGGAAGAGAGAGAGAGAGCGCAGAGGGAAAGAAAGAAGGAGAGAGAGAGAGAAGCAGCAGAAGAGUAGAAAG